UCUAAUCAUUUAAUACAUCAUACAGUGUUUAGACCUUAUUGGUCAUCUCUUCAUCUUACCUGGCAUUUUAAAGAUGAUCAAAGUCCUAUUACAGAUUAUCAAUGGGCACUAGGAACUGUGCAAGGUGGAACCCAGAUUCGGGCGUUCACAAGUGUUGGCAGAAAUCAACAAGCUACAGCAUCCGGUCUAAAAUUAGCCCAUAAUACACUACUUUAUCUGACUGUGAUGUCAACCAAUGGCGUCGGACUGACAACUGUCAGCCAAUCAGAGAGUAUUGUUGUCGAUAUGACUCCGCCAAUAAUAUCAGAGAUAAACGAUGGUAUAGAGAAUGAUGUAAAUUUCCAGCUAACCAAACUCAUAUCAGUUAACUGGAAAGUAGGAGAUCCAGAAUCAGGAGUAGAAUAUUGUCAAUGGGCUAUAGGUUCAACGCAUGGCGGUGUUGAUAUACAGCCAUUUACUCCUGUACCAGAUAAACAAUCAUUUGCUCAAGUAGAACUCCCCGUUGAUCAAAUACAGAACUCUAAACAAGUUUAUUCUACUGUAAGAUGUUAUAAUAAAGCUGGGUUACCAACUACAGCUACUACUGAUGGCGUUCUUCUGGUUAUAAACAAAAUGGCUGCCAUAUCAGAGGGGCAAAUCGCUAUUCAUCAAGAUGGAGUAUCUGCAUAUCCGGUGAAGGAUGAUUGUUAUCCAUUGACUAAUAGUUUACGAUUAAAAUGGGAUUUAGAAAAUACCAGAAUUGGUACCAAGUCUAUACAGGUAUCGGUGUAUGGUCCAGGUUAUAAUUUAGAUAAGGAAGUUCGAGUUUCAGAGAUCGGUUAUAACCAGGCUAAAUUAAGAAGUUUAUCACUACAACCUAACUCUAACUAUAAUGUUAGUGUUUCUACUAUUAAUGUAUUAGGAAGACAAGACAAUUCUAUAUCAACAGUAAUAUCAUCUGUAGCACAACCUCCAAUUUUACAAGCGGGUUCAAAAUUAUUAAUUGCCCGAUCAUUUGAUGGUAAAUCUAUGGAAAUGUCAUGGAGAGAUUUAUUUACGUCCCCAUGGAAGAACCUGUAUUAUGAAGUCAGUUUAGGAACAUCGCCAGGAGGAGCGGACGUUAUACAAUGGCAAGAGACAAAAGUUGCUUCCCUUACCAUCGAGAUGCCUGAUAUAUCGAAGUUACCAAGAAUAUAUUUAACAAUAUCAGCUGUGGACCCCUGCGGUCUUUUCCUACAUUAUAAUCAUACUAUUGUACUUUAACAUACUGAAAUUAUUAAUUCCAAAUAUCUUUGUAGAUGUUACAAUAUUACCUAUACAAAUAACAUCUUGUUGCCAAUCUUUAUAAUUUGUUCCUAUAUUUUCAUACAAUAGAUAUAUAAAUAUUAAACCCCACUGUGUUUCCCGUCAUUAUACUUAUACAGCAAGAAUAUUCAACGUUGGAUAGUAGAUCUUUAUAAUUCUUUCCUAUAUAAUUAUAGUGGCUGCUGUAAGUAGUUUUCCUAUAUUAUGAUUAGAUAUAUUACAGUGCCGGUUAGUAUUUCCUAUCUAAUUAGGGGCGGUCUAGAAUAGUUGUCAACCGGGUUUCAAGCGUUUCGUGUCGCUUCUUGGUGUAUAUAUUCCACCGGGUGCCAUUUGGGAAAAAUCACAAGUAUAGUUUUCUAGGUGUCAACUAUUUACCUAGAAACGUCAAGUUUUCUGGGCAGUCCCCAAUACAUGUUCUAUUAACACCAUGAUGACUAACUAUCUUGUUAUAAAUUUCCAUUUGACCUAAUUAGAAAAUACAGUUGCAUCGAAGAUGUUCGAGUUCGGCCGUAUGUAAAAUUUAAGACGAAGCUUCUAUUCCAUCGCUGAUUGUAUAAAUUCAUAGCAAUUUGUUUACAGAUUUUAAGUAUUCAAGGAUUUUCUAUAAUUUAUCGCGUGUAAGUUUUUUGGGGGGAAUUUGAUAGAAUAAAUUGCAUCUUAUUUUUUUCUUCUGAAAUAAUAUAUUGAUAAUCACGGGACAAAAAUGUAAGUAUCUAUUUAAAAGGUAUAUAUUUACUGCAUUCCUGACCUUUUUUGAAAUUUCUUCCUUGUUCUUUCAGUUUAGCUUGUUUAACAGAGCGUUUGCACUGGGCAUAACCCUCAUCCACGUGCUGUAUUAUUUGGCCUAAUUAUGUUGGAUUGUUGCUCAAAAUAAACUGAAACCCAUCCUCUUUUAUUUGUGUCAAACAUGUCAUGUGGUUGUAUGUACUGAUUUAUUUUAUUGGAUGUAUAAAAAGCUUAAGCCAG